AUCAUGGCUCACGAAGCUCGUGUUAAUUCUGUUGUCGAUAGUCUUACUAAAGCACCUCGUAAUAUUCAAUUCCCCACUACUAAGGAUGGUCGUCUUCAAUCCACGUCAGAAAUCUUUGGUCAAAAUGUCUUUUCUUUAAAAGAAAUGGCAAAGAUGCUUCCCAAACCUGUUUACAAUAAUUUUAUCAAACAACUCAAGGGUAACGAAACUUUGGAUAAAGUCACUGCUGAUGCUAUUGCUCAUGCUGUCAAGGUGUGGGCUAUUCAACGUAAUGCUUCUCACUUUACUCAUUGGUUCCAACCUUUGAACGAUUCUACUGCUGAAAAACAUGAUAGUUUCCUUACUUUAAAAUCAACCUUUGUGAAUGGUUUUGAAGAAGUCAAUGCUAUUGAUACCUUCUCUGGUUCUCAAUUAUUACAAUCAGAACCUGAUGCCUCUUCUUUCCCUUCUGGUGGUAUGCGUACUACUUUUGAAGCUCGUGGUUAUACUGUCUGGGAUACAAAGAGUCCUAUGUUUAUUCAAGAUGGUCCUCAUGGUACUUCUAUUCUUUAUGUACCUUCUGUCUUUAUUUCUUAUAAUGGUGAAGCUUUGGAUGAAAAAUCAGUUCUUUUACGUUCUGCUGAAACUUUGAAUAAGGUUGCUGUGGAACUUCUCAAUAUGAUUGAACCCAAGGAUGAAGAUCAUCCUCGUACCAAGAAUGUGUUUGCUACUUUGGGUACUGAACAAGAAUACUUUUUGAUUGAUCGAUCUCUCUAUACACUUCGUCCUGAUCUCAAGAUUACUGGUCGUACUUUGUUAGGUGGUCUUCCUCCUCGUCAUCAACAAUUAGAAGAUCAUUACUUUGGUAAAAUCCCUACUCGUGUCUUGGCUGCCAUCAGUGAAGCUGAAUUUGAAUUGGCUCGUUUGGGUGUACCUAUCAAAACUCGUCACAAUGAAGUGGCUCCUGCUCAAUUCGAAGUGGCUCCUAUUUUUGAAGAAGCUAUGUUGGCUGUGGAUCAUAAUAUGUUGACUAUGGAUGUUCUUCAUCGUGUGGCUCAUCGACACAAACUCAAGGUCCUCUUCCAUGAAAAACCUUUCCGUGGUGUCAAUGGUUCUGGAAAACAUUGCAAUUGGAGUUUAUCUACUGAUCAAGGUGAUAACUUGUUAGAUCCUGGAUCCAAUCCUGAAUCCAACUUGCGUUUCUUGAUGUUCCUUGUCGCUACUUUAAAGGCUGUUUAUGAUCAUGGUGAUUUAUUACGUGCUGGUAUUGCUUCUGCUUCUAAUGAUCAUCGUCUUGGUGCUCAUGAAGCUCCUCCUGGUAUUAUCUCUGCUUUCUUGGGUACUCAAUUGAAUGAAGUGUUGGAUGCUGUCGAACAAGGUCGUCCUGUGAACUAUGAUGCUACUGGUACUCAAUUACAAGAUGUUCGUGUCAAGGGAACUGUUUUGGAUUUGAAGGUCGCCACUUUACCCAGUAUUGCUCGUGAUUUGACUGAUCGUAACCGUACUUCUCCUUUCGCCUUCACUGGUAACAAGUUUGAAUUCCGUGCUGUUGGUUCCAAGCAAUCUGUGUCUUUCCCUGUGACUUUGUUGAACUCUGCCGUGGCUUCUAGUUUGAUGGAUAUGCGUGAUGCUUUAGCUAAGCAAAAAGGUGACAAGCCUGUGGCUAGUAAGGAAGAUCAAUUGGUGGUGAUCCGUGAAUUUAUCAAAAAGUCCAAGGAUAUUCGUUUCGAAGGUGACAACUACUCUGAUGAAUGGGUACAAGAAGCUGCUCGUCGAGGUUUACCCAAUAUUGUCAAGAGCCCUGAUGCCUUUACCCGUCUCCUCCGUGAAGAAAACGCUGCCAUGUUACGCAAGACAGGUGUGUUCUCUGAAACUGAAUUACAAUCCCGUUAUCAUAUCUUGGUUGAAAAAUACUGUAAGGAUGUCAUGAUCGAAGCCCAAACUCUGUUGACCAUGGUUUCCCAACAAGUCUUACCUGCUGCCUUCCAAUACCGUCGUGAUUUGGCCGAAGCUGCCGCCCAUAUGAAACAAAUCGGUGUGGAAUCUAGUCCUGAAAUUACCUUGUUGAAUAAAUUGACUCCUCUUGUGGGUGAUUUGCAAAACGAAGUCGGUGCUCUUCGUGCCAUCUUGGACAAGAUUAUCACUAUUGAAGAUUUGGAUGUCUUGGCUGUCACCUCUAGUAAAGAUGUCUUGGAUACUAUGAACAAGAUCCGUGAUUUGGCUGAUGAAUUGGAACGCAAUGUUGCUGACAAGUUGUGGCCUUUACCAAAGUAUACUGAAUUGUUCUUGAACAUUUAAUUUUUUUUUUUUUUGUUUUGUGUAUACGUAGUUUUUAGUUAGUUUUAUAUUUGAAAUAAAAAUGAUCUUUUAUAUCUAUAUAUAACGGAUUGAUGAAUGGAUGAGAAGAACGAAA